UUCAAUUGCGCGCAAUCCAUCGGCGGCGACGGUCGCUCAAAAAAACUCUCCAACUCUUAACUCCAGACUUAGAAAACAAAGUAAAUGAAGUAAAGUGACCAAGUUAUUGCAGAUCGAGGAAGUUAAAGCCUUGAGCCCCCGGCACGACGAUGGUGUGUUAAACAUUUCCUUGUGUGCUCGUGUUUGUUUGUCGAUCUCAAUUUUGCAAUACUAAGACUUAUAAGUUAUUUCAAAUAUAUAAAAUUAUAUAUUCAGUAACAGCUACAGUUAGCCAUAAUAGCGAGCUAGAAACCAAAAGCAAAGCAAGGCGGACGAAGAGCGCGCGCUUAAUAGGUAUAAAAAUAAAUUAUAUACACAAAAAACCUCCUGAGGCGAGUCUAAAUAUUUCGAGAACAGGGUUGGAGGUGUAUCUGGAGGAGGAAUGGAGCACCUGUCGCACUUGUAUCCCCCGCAGCUGCCGAAGGGGCGUGGCCGGCCCCGGGCCACAUACGCCCAAACGGGCGAAUUCGAUUUGGGUCUGAUCCGGGAAUACCGAUCGCAUCCAGUGCUAUAUGAUCGCACCAACAAACGGUUCAAGGACAAGCUGUAUGUGGCCCAAAUAUGGGAUCAGUUGGCCCACAAGCUGGGCUACGAUGCCACCAGUUUGAGGGAACGCAUGACAACGCUGAGAAAUCGCUAUAACAUCGAGAAGCGCCGAGUGGAAAACGGCCUGUCCACGCAGGCUUCACAAUGGCCCCUCUUCGAAAGCCUCCAGUUUCUGGGGGAUCACAUUCGGCCCAGGCGCAGCUUCAAGAACAUGUCAAUAAAGGAAGAUGGUGAUGAGCAGUACGAGGUGGACGAUUAUCAGAGCGACAGCAACGGUCAUAUGACUAGCGUCAAGGACGAACUGGAGGAAGACUGCGAGAUUUUCGAUUGCGAGCAGGCACUGCCCGUGACCACAGUGCUGGGGAUUCCCCUGAACACCUCCGACGAAGCCAACAAGAGCCAACGCUCGAUGAACGGAGAAAUGCCCAAUGGCAAGGGCUACAAUCACUUUGCGGAAAGCUAUCAGCGGCGACAACAAAACCAGCCGGAAUACAUCAUAAGUAGUCCCAUAAUGAACCAUGCCAACAAGAGCAAUAAGCGUGGAGGAGCACAGCAGGCAACGGAGGAUCAUCAUGCAGCGAAACGCCGUGCCGACGACAGUCUGUCGAUAUCCGCUUUUUAUCCCACACCGACUCCAGCUCCCUUGCCGCCGGCCUAUGCCAAGUUCCGGGGGUUCGGCGAGUUCAUGUGCCACUCCCUGUGCGACAUGCCGGCGGCCACUGCCUUGCGACUGGUGCAGAAGUUCACCCGCGAACUGGUCCAGACCUCCAUUCGCAACGAGGGCAGCGGCGGCAAACGGAAGUCCGAUCAGAACGAUCAGGUCGACCCGGUCGACCAGAGCAGCGAGUCGCAGGAGGAGGACGAGUAGAUUUUAAGUUGCACUUUUUAAUUACGGGUAGGGAUAUUGGCACGCGUGUCUACAUCUAUGAUUAUAGCAUAUAGCCGCAUUAAUGACAGAUUCGAUUGCGAUUACUCCAUAUAUGUUUUAAUUAUUAUACUCUUUUAAGUCUUCUAGCCUCGCGGUAACGGCGGGUGGAAGAUCGAAGCAUUUCAUUUAUUAACAUAAUGGAAAAAAAUACA